AUGUCGGAUGAAAGUAUCUGUAGCACGUCAACUGGAGCGUCUCGCAUGUUGUUAGCAGAAGUUUCGUGCAAGUGCCACUGCGGCACUGACAAGGAUCAGCCGGCAUCAGCGGCCUUCACGCAGACUGCCCUGCAUCGAGCGGCGAACUGCCACAACUUCCGCCAGGAGGUCUCUGAGUCUAUGGCGAUCUUGGACUCACUGAGAAAACUGCGGCGAUGGGACGAAGAGGCUCUGCACUUCGUGGACCUCUGCUGCGGAAGCGCCAUGACCGCCACCUUCCUGGCGCUGUCGGCGCCAAAGAGCACUGUGACAGCUGUGGACAUCCGCCCUCCUCAGCAUCUUCCCCAUUUCCACGAGGCUGGGAUCGCCAACGUGCGCUACCUCUGCGAAGAUAUGACCCGUCCAGGCUUCCUGGAGGUUAUGGAGAAGGCGUUGCUGGAUGUUGCGCUGCCGGCCAUCGUCCUUGGGAUGCACUGCUGUGGGGCCCUGAGCGUCGUGGCUACGCAGAUCUACAAUCGCUUCCCUCAGUGCGUCGCGAUUCUCCUUUGCCCCUGCUGCCUGCUGCGCAACAUCGACGUGAAGCGCGCGGACUCGCUGAUGCCGGAAGUGCCGAAGAGCCUCCUCAGCCUGUCAGAAGCAAGGCCCGACGAGCGCUACGAGCGCUGGGCGCACGGCCUGGCGCAGCUCUUGCCAGAGGCCACCUGCGAACGACUACCAGAUAUGCUGACGCCGUGCAACGCCAUGAUUUUUGCUCAGAAAUGA